AUGGCUGUCAUACAAGAUGUCAUGCAUACAAUUUCACCACGACUGGCUAUAUUACCAGAUUAUGAUGGACAAGAACCACCACAUACUUAUUAUGCAAAGCUUAGAGCUAUAAAUGAAACAGCCAGACCUUUAGGUGUUGCCGCUUUUAAUGCUGCAGAAAGAGCAAAUAUCAUGAAAAGUAAAAUAACAGGUAGAUUUUUUCUAGUUCCAGCACAAAACCCCUAUAAUACUAAUGCGAAUAUUGUUACAGAAGCAGAAGUUUAUAACUGGAUGCAAGGUAAAUAUCGAGAAACAAUGAUUGGAAAUCAACGAGCAUCUUUAAAAGCUCUUAUAAAUGAAAAAUUCACUUCAUUAAAUACAAUUAAUACUUAUGAAAAAAGAAUUAGACCUUAUGUAUUAGGUAUUGAUGAUGCAGAAGUAUUGCUAUAUCUUUAUGAUCAUUUACCUCCUAGAUUAGAAACACGAAUCAGAAUAGCAAAUCCAAAUACUGUAAAUGACUUCUUUAUGCAAUUAAGAAUUAUUUGGUUAGAGUCUGGAGGACCAACUAGUAAUUUUGAAAAUGAAAACAAUAGUAUUCCUAUAAAUCAAUUUCCACAAAAAAAUAAGGCAUUAGAUUAUUUGGAUACUAUUGCCGAAAGAUUAUGUUAUUCAAAUUAUGGAUCACGAGAUCUUAAUGAUUUAAUAAAAUUUGUCAAUUAUAAAUUAUAUAAUAGAUUAGGACAUGCAAAUUAUAAUUUUAAAAAAGAACCUUUUGGCCAAGAUAGUAAAGUAAGUAUCAAAACUUCAAAAAAAGUAUAUAAUACAAAGAAGCCGAUAAAGAAGUUUGCAAAAAAGUUGACAAAGAAGCCUAUUAAAGUUACUUAUAAAUGCUCAAAUUGUGAAAAAAUUGGACAUAGAAAAAAUAUGUGUCCUGGUCUUGUUAAGAAACUUAAAAAAGUUAAUAAUAUUUAUCAAAGCGAACCAGAAAAUUCAGAUGAUGAGGAG